AUGGACCCCUCGUUUGCGCAGCUUUUGUCAGAGGUUCAAGCAGAAUUGCGGAAUUCAGCUUCUCAAUUAUCACGGCUCAAACUCUACAAUUCGUCGAAAUGGUCUGCUGAGGCGCUAUGUGGAAUGUGCGAGAUCCCAUCAUCGCCGCUGGUGAAGAACUUUAUGAAAGAUUCCGAGUCCCCGUUGCGUAGCAGGAGCCACAAAAAUGUGUUCGAGCCUCAGCAAUCGCCUAAGAACCCAGAGGUUGGCAUGGAUAGCUCGGAGUACGACUUGUUUUUACUAGCUUCGACUUUGUUUGAUUGCAAAGAGUUUGAUAGAUGCGGUUAUUUUCUGGCUAAUGCUACGCAUCCCGAGCUCAAGUUUCUCAAGCUUUAUAGCAAAUAUCUGUCGUGGGAUAAAAAGACUCAGGAGAGUAUGGAAAGUAUGCUGACGUCAGGAAACCCAAAAACAGCAAAUAGUUCUGACGGCGGUGUAGAUGGCGGUGACGGUAGAAACGUUAUGGAUCGGCUGCGAAAUCACGAGUCUAGCAAUUCUACCGUGCUUAAGAAGUUCCAGAAAUCUGUCGAUCUUGACAAUGGUGAGUCCACUAGCGUCCCACUAAUCUUAAAGGAGCUCAACAAUUACUUGUCACAAGACCAGAAGAGCUUAAAAACAGGUAUUGGCAUAUCACUGCUUCACUAUUUGCAGGGGAUUCUCUACAAAAUACAAGAUAUUCCGUCUAACGCCAUCAGCUCAUUUCUGAAUUCGCUUUCCAUGUUUCCCUACAAUUGGGGAUGCUGGACAGAACUGCUUAGCUGUCUAUCGCGAUCGGAUGAGUCUGUACUUCUACUAAAGGUAUUGAACGAUAAGUUUACUAAUGAGAAGUUUAAGGUGAUGCUCAAAUUCUUCAAGCUAUCACUUUUCCAAGAGUUUAAUGGCAACAUCGACGAUUUCAUCCAGGAGCUGGACUACCUGUUAUCUAUCUUUCCGAAUUUCGCAUUUUUGAAGACUCAACAUGCCCUCAUUAACUACCAUUACAUGGACUAUGUUAGCGCGGGACUGAUAUUUGACCAAAUUAUAAAACUGGAUCCCUAUCGCCUUGAGGAUAUGGAUACGUAUUCCAAUAUUCUAUACGUAAUGCAGAAGCCAUCCAAGCUUGCGUACCUUGCACAAUUCGCAUCAGGGGUGGAUAGGUUUCGUGCCGAAACCUGUUGUAUUAUUGCCAACUACUACAGCGCCAAACAAGAACACGAAAAAUCCAUCAUGUAUUUCAGACGUGCGUUAACUUUGAACAAAAGCUGCACUAGCGCUUGGACUCUCAUGGGGCAUGAGUUUGUUGAGCUCAAAAACUCUCACGCUGCAAUCGAAUGCUAUCGCCGAGCAGUAGAUAUAAACGCACGAGACUUUAAAGCCUGGUAUGGUUUAGGCCAAGCCUACGAGGUUCUGGACAUGCACUUGUAUUCACUGUAUUAUUUCCAGCGUUCUUGUGCGUUGAAACCACUUGACAAAAGGAUGUGGCAGGCCCUGGCCAGCUGCUAUGAAAAAGUAGACAGCAUUGACGAAUCUAUCAAAUGCUACACCAGAGCGCUCCAAUUGUCAUUGAACAGCGAUCUCGACACUACAAUUCUCUACCGACUGGCGCUCCUACACGAAAAGUUGCGUGAUGUGAACAAUUGCAAGGGUUACAUGGUUAAGUGUGUUGAUGCACAUCAGAAUACUGAUGGCCUUAUAAGCGACGAAAUUACGAAAGCUAGUCUCUGGCUGGCAAAGCACGAGGCUAAACAAAAAAACUUCUCUGAGGCCUACAAAUACGCUCUUGGGGUGACUCAUGGAACAUCUCAAGAAAUAGAAGAAGCCCGUGCGAUAGCUCGCGAAUGUCGAAAACGAAUGGAUUGA